CCAGGACUGCCGGAUCCUUCGGGGACUGCGGGGUCGGGGGCGGCGGCGUCAAGAUGGCGGCGGCGGCGGUGGCGGCAGCAGCAGCGGCGGCUGCGGCUGCAUCUCUGCAGGUGCUAGAGAUGGAGAGCAUGGAGACGGCCGCCGCCGGCUCGGCGGGGCUGGCCGCCGAAGUCAGAGGCAGCGGCACGGUGGACUUCGGGCCUGGGCCUGGCUUGUCUGCAAUGGAAGCGAGCGGGGGCGACCCGGGCCCGGAGGCCGAGGAUUUCGAGUGCAGCUCUCACUGCUCGGAGCUGUCAUGGAGGCAGAACGAGCAGCGGCGCCAGGGCCUCUUCUGCGACAUUACCUUGUGCUUUGGCGGUGCGGGAGGCCGCGAGUUCCGGGCCCAUCGCUCGGUGCUGGCCGCCGCCACCGAGUACUUCACGCCCCUGCUCUCGGGCCAGUUCUCCGAGUCCCGCUCGGGCCGGGUGGAGAUGCGCAAGUGGAGCUCCGAGCCCGGGCCCGAACCCGACACGGUGGAAGCUGUUAUCGAGUACAUGUACACCGGGCGCAUCCGCGUCAGCACGGGCAGUGUGCACGAGGUGCUGGAGUUGGCCGACAGGUUCCUGUUAAUUCGUUUAAAAGAAUUUUGUGGAGAAUUUCUCAAGAAAAAACUUCAUCUGUCUAAUUGUGUGGCCAUUCAUAGUUUAGCUCACAUGUAUACUCUAAGCCAACUUGCUCUGAAAGCUGCGGAUAUGAUACGGAGAAACUUCCACAAAGUAAUUCAGGAUGAGGAAUUUUAUACUUUACCUUUCCACCUCAUUCGAGACUGGCUGUCAGACUUGGAGAUUACAGUUGAUUCUGAAGAGGUUCUAUUUGAAACAGUUUUGAAAUGGGUUCAGAGAAAUGCUGAAGAGAGAGAGAGAUACUUUGAAGAACUUUUUAAAUUGCUAAGAUUGUCCCAGAUGAAACCUACUUACCUUACUCGUCAUGUCAAACCAGAGAGGCUGGUGGCCAAUAAUGAAGUUUGUGUCAAGUUAGUGGCCGACGCAGUGGAGAGGCAUGCUCUUAGAGCCGAGAAUAUACAGUCUGGCACGUUCCAGCAUCCUGCUUCUCAUGUCUCAUUAUUACCUCGCUAUGGGCAAAACAUGGACGUGAUCAUGGUUAUUGGAGGCGUGUCAGAAGGAGGGGACUAUUUAAGUGAAUGUGUGGGAUAUUUUGUCGAUGAGGACAGAUGGGUAAACCUACCCCAUAUUCAUAAUCACCUUGAUGGACAUGCUGUUGCAGUAACAGAAUCCUACGUGUAUGUUGCUGGGUCGAUGGAACCAGGGUUUGCUAAAACUGUGGAAAGGUAUAACCCAAACUUGAAUACCUGGGAACACGUUUGUAGUCUGAUGACAAGGAAGCAUUCUUUUGGACUAACAGAAGUCAAAGGGAAGCUAUACAGCAUUGGAGGACAUGGCAACUUCAGUCCUGGUUUUAAAGAUGUGACUGUUUAUAAUCCCGAGCUUGAUAAAUGGCACAACUUGGAAUCAGCACCAAAGAUUCUUCGAGAUGUUAAAGCACUAGCCAUUGAAGACCGGUUUGUGUACAUCGCUGCCCGCACUCCUGUGGACCGGGACACUGAAGACGGAUUAAAGGCUGUCAUCACUUGUUAUGAUACGGAGACUCGACAGUGGCAAGAUGUGGAAUCUUUGCCACUUAUUGACAAUUACUGCUUUUUCCAAAUGUCUGUGGUCAAUUCAAACUUUUAUCAGACAGCCUCAUGCUGUCCCAAGAGUUAUUCUUUAGAAAAUGAAGAGGCAGUAAGAAAAAUUGCCAGCCAAGUUUCCGAUGAGAUCCUUGAAAGCUUACCUCCAGAAGUCCUAAGCAUCGAAGGAGCGGCCAUUUGCUAUUACAAAGAUGACGUUUUCAUUAUUGGAGGCUGGAAAAACAGUGAUGAUAUUGACAAACAGUAUCGGAAAGAAGCUUACCGGUAUUGUGCCGAGAGAAAGAGGUGGAUGCUUCUUCCUCCCAUGCCACAGCCUCGUUGUAGAGCUACUGCCUGCCAUGUGAGAAUCCCAUACCGGUACUUGCAUGGCACUCAGAGAUAUCCUAUGCCUCAAAACUUAAUGUGGCAGAAGGACCGGAUCAGACAGAUGCAAGAAAUACAUCGACACGCCCUAAACAUGCGACGAGUGCCAAGCUCUCAGAUAGAAUGCUAGGUUCUCUGAUAUGUGCAGCUCAAAACCGUUAUACCUGUUCAUGAGGCUGAAGAUACCCAGACUGUUACUUGAAAAAGUAUGUCAAUAACUUAUUUUCUACAUGAACUGAUUAUCGCCCCAUAUAAAGGAGAUAUAGUCAAAAACUGAAGAAUGGGAAGAUCAAUUCAAUACAUGGUAAUUUUUGUUAGUUUGCAGUCUUUAUCCAUCUUUGGUUUGUGUGUGUAUUAGCUGAAUAAGAUCUUACUAAAGAUAAGUGGAAAAACCAGGUGUAGUUACUUGACUGUUUGUCUGCCAGCAAGUUUUAACUCCUUUGUCUUAGGGUCUUAUGUUUUGAACAUGCUUUAAGCACCAGUUAUAUUUGCACAUUUACUUUGAUAAUCUUUUUCAUUUUUUUCCCGAAUGGUUGGUUUUGACAAGAUCAGAAUUUAUGCAUUGAGCCGUCAUCUACAGGAGGUAUGUGCAAUAGUGAGAUUGAAAUUUGAAGGGAAAAGCACAAUAUUUCAGCAAGGUGAUUUCAGAAUGUUUGCAUUGAUACUUUUUUAUAUUUGUUUAUCUACAAAUGCUGUCUUGUUUAUUUCUAGAAGAGAUGAUUGAUAAGAAAUUUGUGAUUGGCUCAUGCAUUUUUUGAGUAUUUUUCAUUUCUUUAGCAACUGUGUUAUAAACUUCAAGUCAUCGCUCUGAGACAGUGGUAGUUGGCAAGAGUACUGAUCUUUAGCUGACUGAUUGAAUACAGAGGAAGUCAUAUCUGUGAGAUUUAUUUCUCUAAGAAGAAAAGUAUUAUUAGUCUAGAGUAAGAAAUCAAAGGCACUGAAAAAUUUAAAAACGCUUUUUUCGGGAGUUGCAGGCUUAUUUGAAGAUAAAUUAAUGAGUGUAAAUAAUGCCCAUGACAAUCGACACAAUGCCUUCAAGUUUAACUUUUGCUCUGACGCAUAUUGUAUGGAAUCCUUACCACUCCUUUCUAAAAGAAACUUUUUUCAAAAUGGGAAGGAAGUAACAAUUUAGAGAAAUGUUGCUAAAGAGAAGCCUUAUUAUUUCUCAGCCUGGAUUAUUACAAUGUUUUAUCCAGUUGCCCUAGACUUUCAUUGGAACUUUGCCUGAGCCUAGAAUACUACAUUUGGGCGCAUAAUUAUGGCUCUUAAAAAUUUAUCACUUUGGUUAUCUUUUAUUUAUUUUUAUGCAUUCUUCUGAUAUUCUUAUCUGCGCCCAGGCUUUAUGCAAAUUAGCACUUAGGUUGACUUUUAGCACUCAGUUAACAUAAGGGACUCCUGCUCUAACGGUUUGAAGUGUGGGUCGAGUAUACUCUUCUUGUUUCUUUCAGAAUGUCUCUACCUUCUUAGACAUUCUGGAAUACCAUUCUAGAAGGUGAAUUCCAAGUACAGUGAUUUUUUUUUCCCCCUAGUCCAUUAUAGUUAAUCUUAUUAGUUGGAUCAAACAUCAAAAGGAAAAAAAGCACAACCAGGAAUUUUGGCUCUCAGUGUGCUGUGAGACUAUUAAUGUUUAGCCCUUGGACUCUAUACUAAGAGCUUAACUGAAAUUUCUGAAUCGGUAUCCCUGCCUAGGACAAAGUUUUUCAAUAAUGUGUUGGAAAUCUGCUUUAAAACCAUUUAAUUUAGGCCGGGGUAGGGAUGGGAGACUGCAAGUCUAUUUCUUUUUUCUUUUUUUUUUUUUUUUUUUUUGCGAUACGCGGGCCUCUCACUGUUGUGGCCUCCCCCACUGCAGAGCACAGACUCCAGACGCGCAGGCCCAGCGGCCAUGGCUCACGGGCACAGCCGCUCCGCGGCAUGUGGGACCUUCCCGGACCGGGGCACGAACCCGUGUCCCCUGCGUCGGCAGGCGGACUCUCAACCACUGCGCCACCAGGGAAGCCCUGCAAGUCUAUUUCUAUAUGAGGAUAUAUUAUCCUACCCCACCUCUACUGUUUUCUUAAUUUCCAUUUAUUUGUAGUUAUUUUAAUAAAAGCUAUUUGGAUUCUGAGAAGUGCUAAGUAGUUGUGAGAGGUCUAUGCAAGUAAGACAGGAAAGCUCAUUGAAUGAAGUUCUCAUUUCUCUCUGAUAGACUGUGCUAGCAAACUGCCUUUUCUUGGUGCUGUUGAAAUAAUUUAGUAGCUCACUAAGGUGCCAGUUUCUCUCCAGAAGGGUGUAAGGUUUUUGAUUGCCUUUUUUUUUUUUGUCUCAGAGUUGUCUUCUGAGACAGUCAUUACCAAGUUAUUUGUAGGGUUAUCUUUUUUUCACAUGAUGUGGCGGAAGUCAUAACUCAUAAGAUUUAGGUCGAAUCUGGUUUUGAAAACGUGAUUGAAACUGUUGUUUUUUAACUCGGCAGGCAGCCGAGGCCAUGGCUGGAAAGAGAGGGUAAGUCCUUCCUUCCUUGCAUGACGAUGUGUGCAG